UUUUUUUUCCCCCAUAAAGUUUGUUUCUUUUUGUGUUCUUUUGAAUCUCAAUUAUGUAACUCCUUUGGCUUUUAUGAUCUUCUAUUAUUAUAUUUAGAAGUCUAUGUCUAUGUCUAUCUCUAACUGCUGCAUGUAGUUAAUUUUCAUUAAGGAAAGUUAAUUGUUCUUUGGAAGUGUGAUAAUACAGGAGCUUCCUCAAAGUACAACAACAAUAAGACAAAUGAUGCUGUUAAGUGAAAGGUGAAGAAGCAGAAUAAAAAAGAAAAAAACUGGAAGUUGAAAGGGAACAUGCACUAGUGAUAAUUUGUUGUAGAUGCAGCCAUAGUUGAAGAUUAAGUAGAUGGGAGAGACAGCGUCGGCGGCGGCGAAUCAUGCUUUGCAAGUUUCUGUUUCUUUUGGUAGAUUUGAUAAUGAUUCCUUGUCUUGGGAGAGAUGGUCUGCAUUCUCACCAAACAAGUACUUGGAAGAAGUUGAGAAGUGCGCAACUCCCGGAUCGGUUGCCCAGAAGAAGGCUUACUUUGAAGCUCAUUACAAGAACAUUGCGGCCCGGAAAGCCGAAUUGUUGGCCCAAGGGAGGCAAUUGGAGAAGGAUCCUUUCGGAUCGCCACAUCGGAAUGGCGAAGAUCUAAGUUGUGAUACUUGUGGGGAUGAUGCUGGUUUUGAUGUGUCCAACAAUACCCAAGGUUCCAUUGAUGAGGUCAAGCAAGAAUCUAGUUUAGUUUGUGGAGGAAUUAGGACCGAACUUGAUCAUUUGGAGGAUGAUGUUGUGGUUUCAAGAGAUCAUCAGAGUCCAUCAAUUGAAGGAGAGAACCAAGAAAUGGAAGGCAAAUCAGAUAGUUUCCAGAAAGAUAAGCCUGAAGAAGUGGUCAGUGUGGAGCAAGAAGGAAAUUCUAGCAUCGAAGCCGAAAAUGUGAAGGAAAUUUCACAUAAUGUGGACUAUGAGACCGAAGAGGCUUCAGAAGUUGAAGCAAAAGAUGUGAAAUUAGAUUAUCCUAAAGUAUCUGAAAAGUUUGGACUGGUUAAUCCUGUGAACAAGGAAAGCAGUGCUGCAAAGUUGAAGCAGAAAUCGGCACCGGUUUCAUCUAAAGCAUCCCAAAUCUCCACACCAAGAGGUUCAAGACCCACAUCAACUCCAUCCCAAAUUUCAACACCAAGAAGUUCAAGGCCUUCAUCGACUCCAUCGCAAAUUUCAACACCAAGAAGUUCAACUCCAAAGCGUGCUUCAACUCCUACAAAAACACCAGCAUCCGCUACUUCAGCUAAAAGGGGAAACUCACCAUCUUUCUCUGGGAAAAAAGCUACUUCCCCUGGGGAACCAAAAAAAGUUCCUAACAAAUCUUUGCACAUGUCCCUCAGUUUGGGUCCAAGCAAACCUGAUCCAACUCCAGCUCCAGUUCCUAAUAGCACAAUGAGGAAAUCUUUGAUAAUGGAGAAAAUGGGAGACAAGGACAUAGUCAAACGGGCAUUUAAGACUUUCCAGAAUAGUUUCAGCCAGUCAAAAUCUUUUGGCGAGGACAAAUUUUUGGUGAAAAAACAGAUUUCUUCUAUGGGGACAGAGCAAAAGGCUCCAACAUCCCUAGCUUUGCGGAAAGAAAAUGGAAAGGACACAAAGGUUCAAAAUAUGGAUAAAAGAAGUGGAAAUGCUGUCCGAACUUCCUUGGGCCUAAAGAGCGACAUCAAAGCUGAGAAGGGAAAAGAGUCUCCGAGAAAAAUAGAGGAAAAACCAAAUGCAAAAGAGGUAGAACGAACUCGUCUUCAAUUGAAAUCGAAGGAGGAAAAGGUAAAACAUAAUUUCAAAGCCACACCCCAGCCAGCUUUUCACCGGGGUCCAAAGGUUUCAAAAAGUUAUCAAGAAAAGGGGAAUGUAAAGAUUGAGAAAGUGCGGUAGCACCUUAAAAGGGUCAGAAAGAAAAAGGAGAAAAAGAAGAAAUUAAAUACAUCAAAAGGGGAGGUUAAUUAGAUCCAUAUUCAGAAGAAAUGUUUAUUGCAACUUAAUCUGUAAGAUUUUAGUUUAGUGUGCAAAAAUUGGAGGAGUUAUUAUCUAGUUUAGUAUGCAAUUGUAGGAGCUUAUGAACAGAACAAUGUUUAGUAGGAUGAAGGAGUGAAGCAUCAAAUUAUGGAUAAUAAAGUUUGUUUUACGCCCUUCUUAGGCAGUAUAUGAUAAAAUAAUAUUGUAUGAUAUAGUGUCUGUAAUUUAAGAAAAUAUAAUAUUUCUUAUGAUUAGUUGCAUAA